AUGAUUGAGUUUGAUUUGGAUGGGCACAUCCUAGCUUUGAUCAAUGCCCCUCCCACUAUAGACGAGGCACGUCACUUUUUUGACAUGCGUGAGGUCAUCCAGAUCAUGGAUGGCGCUGUUGGUAUCGCUAUAUUGUCUCACUAUUACCAUAACAUUCAAAUGUGGCAAAGGAAGGUCAAUUCUCAAGGUGUUACCGAAUGGGUGUUGUGGAAGACCAUUGAAAUGCGUAAUAUUGAUGGAAUCCCUCCUGGGGUUAAAGGCGAGAGGCCAGGGUUGUUAUUUAGACUGAGAUAUGCUGAGGAUACUGAUGAAAUAUUUCUAUAUGUGGGCCACAAUGUAUAUAUAGUUCAACUGAAGUCUAUGCAAUCGAAGAAACUUUGUGAAACCCAGUAUGUUAGUGCUCAUCAUUCUUUCAAUAGUUUCUAUAUGCCAGGCACAACCAUUGUUGGUGGAUGUGAUGGGCUAUACAUAGGAUGA